AGAGAAGCAGUUUCUGCCUUUUUUUUCUCUGUCUCUGCAGCUUUUGGAUGUUAUCUCUGUAGCUGCAGGGGGUCUGACAGCUUUAGUUCUCUGCAAUGCACCAUGUGUGGUUUCACCGCUCACACCCCUGUCCCAGGCCAUGCAGGGUCUCAGCUCAGCCGAAGCUUUGGGCCCUCAGAAAUAUGGUCAGGGUAGAAGGAUAAGGUAGAACUCCCACAUGUGGCACAGUGGUCUCAGCUCUCUCCAGGCCGGCACAGUUCCAGUCUCCGGUGGCAGGCAGGCAGCACGCGGUGGUGGAGAAAAGGUGAGGGGAGGUGGGCAGAGAUUCUCGGCUACAGUCACCAGUUCUUGUCCCUUUUUUCUCCCUCAUUUUCCAAAAUUUACCCUCAAUUUUUAUAGUGUUCACAGGAGCUUGAACAUGUUUUUUUGGCACGUAGCCAGUUCAGAUGUUGGAAUAGAUAUGAUAAUCAUAAACAAUGGCAGGAUCUUUUGGCAGGAAAAGUGCCGUGGGAAGUCCUGGUGAGAACUUCUGGCAGAGAGCUGACAGAGAAUGUUUGAUAGGAAGUUUUUGACAGGUAGAAACAAUUUUUGGCAUUUCUAUAUUAUCUGUGUGUUACAGAUGGUUGCCAUGGUAAAUAACUGGGAAUGCAUAAUGAUUGCCAUGGUAACCACAGUAACAAUGAGACUUCAUAAUGGUUGCCGUGGUAACCAAUCAUAACAAUGAGAAUGCAUAACGGUUGCCAUGGUAACCGAGGUAACAAUGAGAAUGCAGAAGAUAUACCAUGGUAACGAAAUUCACAAUGAGAAUAUAUAGUGGUUGCCAUGGUAACCAAGGUCACAAUGAGAAUGCACAGUUGUUGCCAUUGUAAGUGACAUCACAAUGAGAAGGGACAAUGGUUGCCAUGGUAACCAACGUCACAAUGAGAAUGCUUAAUUGUUGCCAUGGUAACCAAUGUAACAGACUGCAUAAUGGUUGCCAUGGUAACCAAAGUCACAGUGAGAAUACACAAUGGUAACAGAGAUCACAGUGAGAAUGCACAAUGGUUGCCAUGGUAACCGAUGUAAUAAUGGGAAUGCACGAUCGUUGUCAUGCUAAGCAACGUCACAAUGCGAAUGCACAAUGGUUCAAAUGGUAAGCGAUGCCACAAUGAGAAUGCACAAUGGUUGCCAUGGAAACCGUUGUAAUAAUGGGAAUGCACAAGAGUUGCCACGGUAAAUGAGGUCACAAUGAGAAUGCACAAUGGUUGCCAUGGUAAGUGAGGCCACAAUGAGAAUGCACAAUGGUUGCCAUGGUAACCGAGGUCAAAGUGGGAAUACAUAAUGGUUUCCAUGGCAACCGAGGUCACAAUGGGAAUGCACAAGGGUUGCCAUGGCAACUGAGGUCAAAAUGAGAAAGCAUAAUGGUUCCCAUGGUAACCAAAAGUCACAAUGAGAAUGUACAAUGGUAGCCAUGAUAACCAAGGUCACAAUGAGAAUGCACAAUGGUUGCUGUGGUAAGCUAGGUGAUGAUAGAAAUGCACAAUGGUUACCAUGGUAAUCAUUUAAUAAUGGGAAUGCACAAUGGUUGCCAUGGUAACCGAUGUUAAGGAAAAAAAAACCAUAAUGGUGGCCAAGGUAACCAAGGUCACAAUGAGAAUGCAAAAUGGUUGCCAUGGCAACCAAAUCACAAUGACAAUGCACAAUGGUUGCCAUGGCAUCUGAUGUCACAAUGAGAAUGCACAAUGGUUCCAUGGCAUCUGUGGUCAUAAUGGGAAUGCACAAUGGUUGCCAUGGUAACGGAGGUCACAAUGAGAUUGCACAGUUGUUUCCAUUGGAAGUGACAUCACAAUGAGAAUGGACAAUGGUUGCCAUUGUAACCAACGUCACAAUGAGAAUGCUUAAUUAUUGCCAUGGUAACCACUGUAACAGUGAGACUGCAUAAUGGUUGCCAUGGUAACUGAGAUCACAAUGGGAAUGCACAAUGAUUGCCAUGGUAAGUGACAUCAUUAUGAGAAUGCACAAUGGUUGCCAUGGUAACUGAAGUCACAAUGAGAAUGCACAAUUGUUGCCAUGGUAACUGAUGUCACAAUGAGAAUACACAACAGAUGCCAUAUUAACCGAUAUUACAGUGGGAGUGCACAGUGGUUGCCAUGGUUGCUGAGUGUUACUGAGAAUCCACAAUGGUUACCGUGGUAACCGAGGUCACAAUGAUACUGCACAAUGGUUGCCAUGAUAAGUGGUGUCACAAUGAGAAUGCACUAUGGUUGCCAUGGUAACCGAGGUCACAAUGAGAAUGCACAAUGGUUGUCAUGGUAACCAAGGUCACAAUGGGAAUGCACAAUGGUUUCCAUGGUAAGUGACGCCCGUACCGCCCGCCCCGCCCGUACCAACCGCCCCGCCCUUACCGACCGCUCCGACCGGACCGAUCGUACCGCCCGCUCCGAUCGUACCGACUACACCCGUGGUAGAAGAAAUGGAGACGGAUGACGAUCUACUUGACCGUCUUACACCUCCACCCCCGGAGGACGGCGGCCUCCACAGCGGUAAUGAGGAACGCCGACCAACAGCGUAUUCAGAGUUACGGCGGGAGCUCCGAAGCCAGAGAGAAACGAUGACAGACCUCCUGCAUCAGAUGGAGCGGCUCGAUCGGGGAUCAAAGAGACAGGAUAUUAAAAAGGCCUAUAAGGAUGCUCAUAAAUCUAUAAUGAGUGGGUUAAAUGCUAUUGAGCACAAUUUUGGGGAAAUUGAACAGGAAAGGCAAAAUAUCCAAUUUAUACCUAGAGAUCCUAACUUUGAUCCUCAAAAGCGUUAUCGAGGGCUGGCAGAAAAUUGUAUUAUAGAGGGAGAAUUUUCUUUUACCCCACUUGCAGCUCCUGUAGUGGUGCGACAGGGUCAACAAACCUGGGAACCCCUAGAUUGGAAAUUAGUGCAGGGGAUUCAAAAGGUAAUAAUGCAAUAUUCUCAUAAUAACAAAUUAGUAAGAAAUCAAGUCACUUCCCUGAUAAAGUAUACUGACAUGGUACCAACAGACAUGAGGGCAGUCAUGGAGCUGAUUUUAUCACCCACCACUUAUAUGCUCUGGCUAGCAAAGUGGCAGGAACAACUGGAAAUGAAAUUAAUGGAGAAUAUUCAUUUGCCACAGGGCGACCCCUUGAGGGUGGCACCCUUAGAUGCACUUAUGGGAACAGGUGCUUAUCGGGAUGGGGCUGCUCAGGCAGCAUUGCAUACUAGGAUUUUGCAGCAAUCAAAAAACGCUGGUUUGGCAGCUUUCCUAGCACUGCCUCAGAUUCACACACCGACACUGCCUUAUACAAAAAUCAUGCAAAAACCAAAUGAAACAUUUUUUAGUUUUGUUGACAGGCUGCGAGAGGCAAUAGAAAAUGCACCUAAUGUCACUCCUGAUCUUAAGGCUCUUUUAACAAAAGAAAUUGCUGUCCAAAAUGCUAAUGCGGCCUGCAAGCAGCUUAUAGCUGCCUUACCCCCUGGUGCAACUAUUACUCAAAUGAUAGAGACCUGUGCAAGGGCCCCACUAGUAGAAGAAGAAACUAAAGCACGAAUUCAUGCUAAUGCUUUGGCUGCUGCUCUAAAGAUCAACCCUCUGCAAGGGCAGGGAUGGAACCCCCUUACCAUGUCGGGAAGCGGGAACAGCCGCGCUCCGAGGGACGCGGCCAAGAAAUAUCCCCAGAACAUUCCAAAAACACUGGCUGCCUCGACGAACUGCAAUCCGCCACUUGCGGAAGCGCAGGAGUCGAUCUGGCCGUGGUAG